AUGAUACUGAGUGUUUAUGCAAAACUAGCGAUAUUUGGAGUGGUUUUACAUCUGAUCGUUUUCUAUUCAAUAUUCGAUAUCUACUACUCAUCUCCGCUGAUACAACACCUGAACGCACAUCCGAUCACUUCACUCGAUGGACCUGCUAAACGACUCGUCGUUUUCUCUGCAGAUGGAUUACGUGCAGACACUUUCUUUGAUAAUCCACAAAAAUCGCCAUUUUUACACAGUCUCAUCAACAACACCAAGGCGUCAUGGGGCAUUAGUUCAAGUCACGUACCAACAGAAUCGCGCCCUGGUCAUGUGGCUAUUUUUGCUGGUUUCUAUGAAGAUGUUAGCGCGGUGACGCGAGGUUGGAAGGUCAAUCCCGUUCAGUUCGACAGCGUUUUCAACAGAUCUCAUGAAGCCUGGGCGUGGGGUAGUCCCGAUAUUGUAUCAAUGUUCUCAGACGAAGUCGCUCAUGUGCAUGGCGAUGUUUAUCCAGCUGAAAUGGAGCAGUUUUUUGACGAGAAUGCUUGGAAGUUAGAUGAAUGGGUGCAUGACAAAGUUGAGGAAAUGUUCAACGAGUCAUCGAUGAGUGCCUCAUUGAGUGAACGUUUGAAUGCGAAUGGUGUAAUGUUCUUUUUGCAUUUCCUCGGAAUAGACGUGAACGGACACAGCAGUAAGCCUUAUUCAAGCGAUUACAUCACAAAUCUGGUAUUUGUUGAUAACGCCAUUCGAAAUGUUAGCAAUCUUAUGGCGAAUUAUUUCAAUGAUAAUAAAACAGCUUUUAUAUUCACAUCGGAUCAUGGUAUGACCGACUGGGGUUCACAUGGAGCGGGUACUUCUGAAGAAGUGUUAACACCAUACGUCGUUUGGGGUUCGGGAGUGAAAGCGUCUUACUUUAGCAGAAAUAUUAAUCAGAUCGAUCUGGCACCGUUAAUGUCAUCGUUACUUGGUAUACCGAUACCAACGAAUAGUAUUGGUAGUUUACCGAUUCAACUGCAAGAGUCCGCAUCUGAAAAUAAUAAUAAUAGUAAUUUGGAAUCGUCUAUGUUGUUUUCUUUGCAGCUGUUAGAACAAUUCACCUUCAAGAGAAACGAAAAGAAAUCGCAUACGUUAUCAAUCUUCUUCAAGGAAUUUCCAGACUUGAAGCCUGAAGCACUGCGAUCAGUUGAGAAGGAAAUUCAACGGUUGAUAAAAUUGAAAAGAUUCGAAGCAGCAUCGCAGAUUUGCAUUCGACUUUUCGAUAAAGUUAGAGAUGGUAUCUUCUAUUUUCAUCGCUAUGAACGAACGUUACUUGGAACGGCCAUUGCCUCCACUUUUAUCUCGUGGAUAUGGCUUAUAUUCCUCUUCUCAACAAGAAGUAACGUGAAAGCGAAUGAUCAGAUUGCGAUAUUCACUCCCGAACCAACAGCUUGUGCAAUGUUAUCGUUGCUAGCGUUGGUAUUGGUUGGUAUUGGGAGUGCACUGUUUCUGUUGACAUCGGUAUUCACACAGCGAUGGCUUCUGUCAUUUGCAUUACUUUUUAUGACUCUAUCGGUUCAUUUGAAUUCGGAUGAAUACAACGGCGUCAAUUUAAAAUUUUGGAAGCGAUUGUGGUCAGUGGUUUGUGUGUGUUUAGCGAUAUUUCCAUUGUUGCCACCGGUCGGAAGUACACCGAAUUCAAUGGCUUGCAUCGCUGCCAAUAUGAUGCAAGCGCGAGGAGGUGCAUACUCGAGCCAGGAAUUGAAGCACGCGUUAUUGUUGGUGUUGUUGAUUGAGACGGCAUUCUUCGGUACUGGCAAUAUCGCUUCGAUCAACAGUUUCAAUCCGUCCUUCGUACGGCUCUUCAUUCAGACGUUCUCACCGUUCAUCAUGACCGCGCUAUUGCUGUUCAAAAUUGUGCUGCCGUUUCUGAGCGUUUCGUUCGCAUUCGUCACCACUCUGCAACCGGCACAACUCACAUUCUCACGUCUUGCUUAUAUUAUCUUCAUAAUCACCGAUGCUAUGGCUAUGAUAUUCUUUACGCAAUUAACUGACGAAGGGAGUUGGCUUGAAAUCGGUACAAGUAUAAGUCAUUAUGUGAUCAGUAUGGCGAUAUCGGUGUUUGUGUUCGGAUUCCUUCAUUUGGCUCAUAUUUUGCUGCCUUUUUCAUUACGACACAGAGAUCGUAAUAAGCAUGUUAUCUAG